AUGCUCCGCGGCCCGCGCCGCCUGCUCUGGCUCUGCUUCCCGCUGCUGCUCGCGCGCGCGUCGGGGCAGCUCGGCGCGGACAGGCCGGGCGCAGGCGCCGAAGAGGCGGGCUCGGGCCGAGCCUGGCCCGGCGUCCAGGGCCUACGGGAGCAGCUGCGGGAGGCCGCUGCCCUCUCCAGGCGGUACUGGACGCUCUUUAGCAGCCGCCUGUGGCUGAGGGAGCGUGAGGAGGACGCGGCAGCCACUGCACAAUCGAAGGGCUGGAGCCUUCCUCUGUUGGGCCAGCAGUACCUUGAUAUCCUGACCACAUGGUACUGCACCUUCCGGGACUGCUGUGACAGUGGGGACUGCAGGAUCUCCAACAACUUCUCAGGUCUCGAGGCAGAUCUGAAGGAGCGACUGCAUGGCCAGCAUCUGGCUGGGGAGCUGGUCCUGAGAACUGUGAGAAGCUACUUAGAGCUGCCCCGGCCAGACAAAGCCCUGGUGCUUUCAUUCCAUGGUUGGUCUGGCACAGGCAAGAACUUCGUGGCAAGGCUGCUGGCAGAGAGCCUGUACCGGGAUGGGCUGAACAGUGACUGUGUCCAAGUGUUUAUUGCUACACUCCACUUUCCUCACCCCAAAUAUGUGGACAUGUACAAGGAGAAGCUGACAGACCAGAUCAGGAAGACGCAGGAGCGCUGCCACCAGACCCUGUUCAUUUUUGAUGAAGCCGAGAAACUGCACCCCGGACUGCUGGAGGCCCUCUGGCCAUACCUGGAACGCCGAGAGCCGGAGGCACACAGGGCCAAGACCCCAAGAACCAUCUUUCUUUUUCUCAGUAACCUUGGAGGCAAAGUCAUCACUGAGGUGGUCCUUAAUCUACUUAAGGCUGGAUGGUCCCGAGAAGCAAUUACUAUUGAAUAUUUAGAGCCCCACCUCCAGACUGAGAUCAUGGAGUCCACAGACAGUGGCUUUGGCCACAGCUGUAUUGUGAAGGAAAACCUGAUUGACUUCUUCGUCCCCUUCCUGCCACUGGAAUACCGCCAUGUGAGGCUGUGUGCACGCGAUGCUUUCCUGAGCCAGGAGCUUCUAUACACAGAAGAGGCACUCGAUGAAAUUGCCAAGAUGAUGAUCUAUGUCCCCAAGAAAGAGAAACUCUUCUCUUCUCAGGGAUGCAAGUCUAUCUCUCAGAGAAUUAAUUAUUUCUUACCUUGAGGGGUGGACAAAGACUUUCUGAAGCUGCCUUCUUUCCAGGAACAGGACCAUAAGGGAUGGGAGAAUGACGCUGGCAUCCAGCAGUCACUAACACACAAGUGGCAUGAAAAAGGCAGGCUUUAAAUCAGAAAUAGAUCCAACUCUUAAGAUCACAUAGUGCCUUAAAAUGUGGGCCAGGUGAGUAGAGAAAGCCCUAUGGGAGACAAACUGCAAGGGCUUAUUCACACCUCAGCUCCUAUCUGCAGAUGCCUGGACUAGGAUGUCGGGCCUGAAACUGCUGGAUCUUAAGUGACAGACAGAGAAGGAAGGAUUAAAGUUCUGCUUACCAGCACAGGGGGUACACUGUGGGUGUGCAGGCCGUGGGUUAGCUUUUAAGUUGGUCCCAGAGGGAAGCCAAGCAGUUUCUGUGAGCAGAGGAUCAGCAGAAUCUCAAGCAAAAGUAAAAAGUGCACAGAGGAAGAAUUCUUAAGAUAAUCAUGGUAGUGUGUAGGCUGUUACUCUUCUGCAGAUAUAAGGGCCUGGAAGACAUGACACUUAUACGUACAGAUUAAAAUUUUGUAUUUUUCUAAAUCCCUUAGUUUACUUUCUUAUUGAGACCUAGUAAUUGUGCUCACUCCGCAACAUUCGAAAUGCCAGUUACUGGUGGGGAUGGGGGUGUUUACUGGUGCUGACAGGGUAAAAUGAGUUUCCUUUUGGGACCACAUUAGUUGAGCUAGGUUAUUUCCACCUAACUGAUGAGGCUUCCACAGCACAUUGCUCUUCUAAAUGAAAACUGCACUCCUGUGCUCCAUGCUUCAGCUAGAUAGAGAAAAACAUCCAUUUUUGAGAACUGAAAGGCCCUGUGUAAACAUGUACACAGAGGGUGCUCAUUGUGUCCUUUUUCUGGACUAACACAUGGAUCUUUUUAGAUUUGUCAUCACCUUUAGCCCUGGUGAGAUAGAACACUCUCUACCAUUUAACAGUUUAUUGCUCUCAUUUACUCAAAUAACUGUCACAAGACUAGGAAUACCUGCUCAAAACACUCGAAUUAAUGGAACUUAGUUUUAUAUCACUCAUGAGAUAAAAGUAAACCUGGCCCAACUGCACAGAAAAAUGGGGCGAGCUAUAUAGCUGCUGGCUAACUGCCUCCGGCUCAACAUCUUGGGAAGAAUAUGCAGAUUAGACACCCAACUCUAAACUCUAUGUACACCUUAAAAGGCGCCUUCCAUACCGUUAGGUCUCAGUCACAAAAUAGCUGACAUCCUUUUAGCAUUGGCCAGCCAUGUUCAAUGUCAUAAAUACAGGGUUUGAACCUGUUAAAACCUCAGCAACCAAGAUAAGCAGCACACAGUAGCGCAGAACACUCAAGCCAGAGGGCCCAGCCCGGAAAGCUAUAUAGUUCGGCCACUUACCUGUAAGACCACAGGAAAGCCAUUCAUCUCAGUUUAACCGUGGUUUCCCCUGUAGUAAAAGUAAGCAUAACUGUACCUACCUCAAGGAUUGUGGAGCGGAUAGUGAGUUCAUCUUUUAUAAAGAGCACGAUAUCCUAAAAUAAAAACAGGGAGGACGACUGAAGGGGGAGUUUGAGGUGCGUAAGCCAAUGCUUAACUGCCAUUCUGAUGGGCGUCCCGUAUGCACCGCUAAUUAUAUCCCACUGACACCUAAUUAAAACAUUACUUCUAAAAGCACUGAUUUUUUAAAUUAAAUACCAAGUUGAACUAGACUAUUUCCUGUGAGGUUCUACACUUACUCUUAUUAAUGCUACUUUGGCUCAAAACAUUUUUACAAGAUUUAACUUAGUCCUCUCAGAAUUGACUUUGAGAGAAUUACUCAUUUUCCAGUCCCCUUAUGUUGGAUGGAGGCACACGCGCACACAUACCUUACGAACCAGUUAGGCUCCAAAUGUUGUCCUUGGCCAUUUUCAAAAAUGUAAUCCAUCAGAGGAUGAGCAUUUGCCCCCAUAGCAGACAUCUAGAGAAUGUGCCAAGGAUGUUUGCUAAAAUCAGCUUCUUU